GACGUCUACGCUCGGAUACAAUAGGUUCUACAGAAUCUCUGCACGUUACAUAGAGUUUGUUUGUUCCAUUGAAGUAAAUUAAUUGCGAUAGCUUCGGUGGAAUUUUAUUAGAAUCAAUAUAGUCUAGACAAUUUUAACUGUAACACCGAUCGGAUACGGAACUUGUUACGUAAAAAUUGAUACAGAUAAAAAAAAUAAGUAAACAAUGUAUAUUAGUUCCACAUUACACUAAAAAAUGGCGCAUUCAAGACACAGACAGACAUCGACAUUGUUUUUGAGGAAAGCUAUAUAUAACGUCAUUUUCAUAAUAGGCAUUGUUAUCAUCAUCUGUCCCUUUCAUGAAGAACGCGUUUGCGGCAGUAUCGCCAUAGAAAAGUUUCUAAAGGAUUUAUGUAUUAAACUCAAUAUCCGCGCUUUACUGUGACGGAAAUCACCACAAGUGAAGCCACUAACAGCUAGUUGAAUGACAAAUUAAGUUAAACUUAACCCAAUUAUCUCCGUCUUGCAUAAUAUAUGACCAUUUCUUUCUAUGAGCACUAUAUUUUUAACAGCAAAUUAUCUAUUGAUAUUUUUUUUCAUAUUAACUCACUGCUCGUGAGGCCGAGAUUCCUAAAACCAGAGAACUAUCAAGAGCCGCUGGAGGUCGCUCGAUCAACAUCUCUUUUCUGUCAGAUAGUAUAGAGUCCGCUGAAGUUCCUCAUUGGAAAUAGGACAAAGAUGUCUUCAUAUGCAGUACCUGUGACCUUGAACAAUUUGGUCGACAAGUAGGCCGUAAGCAAAACUGUCGCAGGACAAAGCCACCCGUCUCGAGCAGCUAGCACACAACACGUAGACGUACUAAUAUUUUCAUGCAACAAACAGUGAAACAAGUAGGCACAGAGUUUCAGUUUAUAUGUGUUUACGUACGCCUCAGGACAUUGUAAGAAAUUAUGUAUACUGUACAUGUUCAUCAAAAAGUAAAAUGUGUAGAUUUUUAUGACAAAUCGUAUUUAGUUCACUCGAGUUGUCCUGGUUGUUGUUAUCCACUAAUAGCUUCCAUACAGGGUUUCUUUAGGAUUAUGUGCGACACGACAUCAGCAGUACACCUGUAUGUACUGAUCGUUUGCGGUGACAUCAUGUUCUUUGCAGUUUUUACGUAUUGCGUUUCCUUUGUGGUCUUAACGAGCAACAUAUAAUCAAUAAGUGCUGUUUUAUAUAAUAGUAAUUCGCUAUACUAAUUAAUAACUUUUUAAAUAACAAACUUGUUAUAAGUAACGAACUCUUCGACAUCCAGGGGUUUCUCAACGCUUUUACUUUUCUACUAGCAUCACCGGUCCUCUUUUCAUCGAUGUCAAAAAGGUCAUAAUCUUAUACGACGAUAACACUGCUGGCUGUGGCUAUAAUCAGGCCUUAUAUGUGGGACUGUGUUCUAAUCCACCAUUGUACGUGUUUCCAAUUUUUUUUUUUAAUCUUAUCCACAAAUUAUGAAAGGCACUUGUAUAGUACUCACAGAUAUCCUGAAUUAACUUAUAAUUAGUAGAAAAUUAGUGUAUAGGUGAGCAGAGAAGACCGACGAUUUUAUUUCCUUGCAAGUUCAAAGAACUUUGCUAAUCAAAAAACUUGUAGGUUUAUUUUUGAAGCUAUUUCCUUUCGAUGCUAUCCUCUAUGAAUUCUGCUGUGAAAAAGGCUAGCAGUUGAUUUUUUCUGCAUCCAUGUACAUGUGUCGGACCUAAACUUAACUAGUUUCAGUAUAUCACAUUAUCCUGUCACGUAAAAAAUGCUCAUUUAGCGUUUUCAUUAUUGUCGCAGCUGGCUCGGUAUUUAUUUGUUGAUCUAAAAACUAGGAAUAAUUGCCUUUGUUUUUUCCCGUUCACAAUCAUAUUUAUCUUCCCUUGUAGUUAUCAGCUGGAAUCGACUUGCCGAGGCCGCCAGAAACUCCAUUCGACACAUUUUUGUUUCCCGCACGCAAAAAUUCAGCAUUUGCUCAGCAUUAUAUGAUUUAAGCGUUUGUUCUCUGCGAGCUCGUCUAUACUAUGCCAUACGAUGCCUUUUCUUCGUUGCGUUGUGAGCGCGAACAGUCUGAAGAUUUCGUUGCGCGGACAGCACCGUCCAGAGGCAGUUUCGAAUGAGCAAAAUUGCUUUCGCCUUCUAUUAUUAUGUGUGGUCCAGAAACGCGGCGGCAAGCACGACUAGGGCAGCAUACGCAACAGCACAGGUAAUAGAACGGCUACUUUUGUUGAUGGUGAAGUCUUCUCCCUUGUACCAAUAAGGCCGAGGCCACUGUUUCUGCGGCCUGUGGACAGUGUGUGACGGGCACCAGUUGACACACUGGCCGCACAGCAGCUACUGGUCGGGAAUGGUAACCAACUGCCUGCGUAGUUCCGCCGCACCUGUCGUCACUGACGUAUUACUGCCCCGGUUGUUGUUUUAUGUCGAGGUAUGUUGACUUUCCAUGGGCGUUUACUCACUAUGUUGUGGUGCUUCUGCCUUCUCUCUUUCCUAUAUAAGAUGACAAGCUGCCGUAACUGCUCCUACAGCAUAGCGGCAACGCUGAUGGCGGCCGCGGCCGUGCGUAUCCAUGGAAUCCGCGCGAUCAACAUACACGAAUAUCAUCACUGUUGUCGCCGACGCUGCAUCACUAGCGCGCACGCACCCAGACUGCGCCGUGUCGGCUCCUUGAACACGCCAGCGCAGCAGUCCUCGCAUCCGAUCGUCUGAAAGGAGCGCUCGCCCACCUGCCCGCCACAGCGCGCGGAUCGUCUCCAUCGACAAGUUCCAUUGCAGCGUCACUGCAUUAUAGUCAUCCAAGCAGUGCUGAUACUAACUAGUAGUUCUCGAAAAGCCGAACUCAGUGUGAUACACGUUGAGCUAUAGUGCGCACCGCGCGACAAUCGAUGUUGUGAUCGGCCGUGUUCGACCAUGUAUCGGCUUAUCGAGAUAAUAAAGCGUCGAUAAUCACGGGAACGUAACGGGAAAUACUGUAUCGUCGACUGUGCUCGGAGCAGUAGCACGAGGAACAAGUUAUACUGCUACGUCUCACCUACGCUCGUCGCCAGCGCAGAGUUCAUCUGCCGAAGUUAUCACAAACUCGUUCCUACCGUGUCCUCUGUUGCCAUCUUCACAGGCAGAAUUACGACCUAAUUUCAUUGAAAAUAGCAAGCACAGUGCAUAGGGAAUUUUCUGUGUCGUUACAUCGAACGAACAAUUUGACGACGUCAAACGAUCAAACUAGAAAAUAAGAUUAUAUCUUGAGGCAACUGAUCGGUGUCCUCCUGCGAAGAUGUGCUUUGUCAUCGCAUUAGCCCUUGCGGCCACAGCCGCUAGUCUGGCCGAUGCCCAGUCCUGUCGUAGUGCGGCGGCCCAACAGUGUCGCGACAGGAUCUUUCAGAUGAUCCAGCAACAUAGCCAGGACUUUACAGGAGGCGACGUGAGUGUGCUUUGCUCCACUCUACGAGACAAUAUGGCCUGUCUCCUGUGGCAAGCAGCGAAUUGUCAAACCCAUCAGGAACAACAACGCUCCGGAGAACACAUCCUCGCCGCGCAAAAUUUCCUUGAUAGGUUCUGUGACUUUGAUGGAGGCUGGAGAAACAAUCGUUGUUAUCAAUAUGACGAGAUUUCACGAUGCGAAAAUAUCUUCAAUCAACGCAGAAGCAUGGACGCCUGCAACGCCUAUAACCGAUUCAAGGACUGCGUAAAGGAGGUCCUUCAGCGACGAUGUUCUCGUAAUGACGAACAAUCAUUUCCGUCAUUCCUUGUGGAGCGUGCCAGGGAGCUUGCGUGGACCUGUGCCAGCGUGUCCGGUUCAAAUUCCUACGAUAGCGCUGGGUCUCGAUACAUAAAUGAACACUACGGAUCGAAUUACGACCCAAACAACCCUAAUCUUCGCUACAAUAACGAUAACCUUUACAACCAAGACCGCUAUCAUCAGGACCGAUACGGCAUUGACCGUUACAAUAGGCCAGGUUACCUGCCCAGCCAACAUUCGCAGGAUGAUGAACUUAUCCUUCACCGAGCACCCGAUAAUUCUCCCAAUCUGGGCCCCCACCGACCUAACUACCCCACCUCGUCUUGGCCAAACUACCCUCAUGACAGUAAUUCGAACAACCGAGAUAAUUACAAUACAAAUAAUCCUAAUAACCCUUACAACAAUCUUAACGAGCCACACAACCGAUACAACAGUGAUGUAGACCCGUACAACAGAUCUAAUGGAACAGGCAGCAGCCCCUACGAUAACCGUUAUGGCUCGGGGCGUUAUAGUAGCACAAAUGGUUUCUAUAACAGUCAUCAUGAGAACGAUCAUUACAACAUCAAAGGUCAAACGACAAACGAUCCGUAUCGUCGGCGCAACACGAAUCCCUUCAGUCAGUAUAAUUCAACGUACGGCCCUUAUAAUUCAUAUGGUAACAAUCAAAGUUAUUUGAAUCCCUCCUCAUACAACAAUAGUUACACGAGCUCGAAUUAUAACAAUGGCCUAUAUAAUGGACGUAGUAGCUAUUCGAACGAUUUGCACAGUCCCAACUAUCCUAACGUGCGAAACGAUACGUACUCGCCGCCGCGCUACGGUGGAGGGGUAAGGGGAGGCUACGGGGGUCCAGGGUCAUCGCAACAGGACAGCAUCAACAACAACAACAACAAUAAUGUGGGCCUGACGAACAACAACGAUGGAACGCCGUUUCCGCCAGGGCCGCACAGGAUUACGACAACGUCAACCACUGAUAGCCCCCAUCGGUCCCCAUUCACCGACUCGUACUGUUUGUACAAGGCCACAGACCAGAUCCGUGAUUGCGAGAGCAAUCACCAACGGCGUCAGUAUAACGCUCGAAGGUACCAUGCCGAUGAACGCAUCAAAGAAAGCUGCUGCGCGACGUUCGACUUUAAGAGCUGCCUGCGUAAUGCUCUUAACAACCAUUGUCGCGAGUACGGCUACAGUACAAUUGAAAGCAUAAUUCAACAAAAGGUACGGGACUCCGAUAAUGAUUGUCGACAAUUUGACGCGUACCGCUGCACUAGCGGCGCGGCUCUCAUGGGCAUAUGUUCAAUUGUUGCUAUAUUGCUCAACUUGGUAGUUGUCGCUAUUCGCUCUUUGUAGGCGAACACACCUAGUUGUCAAGAAGCUAACUAUCAUUCCUGUUGCCACUAGAAACGGGAAUCACUUGGCAAUCACAUCGAUCAAUGCCUGUUACUUGGGUGGCUGCUGUAAUAUCGUCUAGAAAAACCUCGAACUCGACUAAGGGCGAAUACGCUAUAUUAAUUUGAAAAAUAGAAAUGCCCUCUAAGGCGCAAUAUGGCCAUGCUGGAAACAUUAAUGCAACCACGCUUGAAACAGAGAACGUCUUACACAACUUCCGCCACAUUCGUAUACCUAUUAAAUAUAUGGACGUCACACGGUCAUCGUUGCCGACUUUCGGUCCUAGUACUCCUUACAGGUUGUUGUUGACUGCUCUAUUCUGUAAUCUGACCAUUUUGGAUAACCGAAGGGCAUUAAUGGCAGCGACGACAAAAGGUUAAUAACAGCGAAUGCAGACGAGCACGAUGCAUGCGGCAGUAUUGCGAUAUAUAUAUACAUGGCUGAUAACGAUAGGUCAUUCCGGUACCCCUGCUCAUCGUCAGUGUCGCCAUUAAACCAAGGCCAAGCACAGCUAUCACGUUAUCAAUACAGUAGCCGACGCGGAACAACAACCACAACUCACGGAAAAAGCGAGCAGGAAAAAACGAAAAGUCGAUGCGCCAACGGAAAAGAAGAAAAGAGGUGACGAAGUGACCAGUGGACAAGUGUCGGCGAAUGAGGAGUGUGGCUGGGACCAAAUGGGACAUAAUGGUACCAAGCAGGCUGGCCAGGGUAGCAGAACGACUGAUAAUGGUAACUGGCUAACGUGAAAACGAAUAUCGAGAGGCGAUAGCUGAAGGCCGAAUUGCAGUGCAACAGGGGCAACCGAUAAGUUGCAAGCGAACACAGGGAGCCCGGAUCUGAGUCGAAAGUCGGGCGGGGGGACAGAGAGUCCGCAGAGUUGACAUUAUUGUGACGAAGAUGACGACUUUCGGUUGUACAUACAACAAGGUCUAUAAACAACACAAGAAAUACAGAUGCCCGAUUUUCGCCAAGAGAGAUUGCUCCACCAAAAGGGUAUAUGUACGUGUUAUCCUGUCACACACAUCUACUAUUAUUGAUAUUAUUAAUAAUAAUACUAAUAAUAAAAAAUGAAGCAUGAACAACACAAACGAGUAAUAAUAAUAAGAAGACUUUUGUACAUUAGUAUCUACCAUAGUAAGUAAAAGUAAGUCUGCUUAAGACGGUCUAUAAUACAGCCUUCACGUGGGGAUUAGCAAUAAGAGUAGCAAGUGAAAAGUUACUCCCUUGAAGGUGUCGUAUCAUUUACAACGGCUUAACGAACGUAAUCCAAUGCAUGCUGCAGUAACGGCGGUUGCAAAGUUGAAGCUGGUGCAAAAGGAAAAAUCGAGUCAUCGUGGCCCCUGCAUCAGUAGUCAUUUUCGCAGCAGCUCAAUUGUUCAUUGAACGAAGACGAAUAUAUCGCAAUCAAUCACUACGUUCGAACUGAAAGCCCAGAUCUGCUUUGUGGUGAGCCACACCAGACGCCCUAGCGAAGCUGCCUAUCAAACAGUAGCUGUUCAAAGAGGCAGACAAAGAGCGCGCGCGCUCGCUCGAAAAGGAGAGAUAACAGGUGCAAUAUGCGAACCGUAGCAGCAGUGCAAGAUGGUUCGUAUGGUGGAAAGCAGAGCGAUGUUGAAGUAGAGCGUUCUACAUGCAUGUAUAUAAUACAGUAUAGCAUUGGCGCGAGGAAAAAAGCUCUGUGCAUAGAAGCGACAAUGAACUUGAAACAUGCAGCUGUUUCUUCUUUGCUUCGGGACUAAAAAGGAAAAAUUUAACACUCGGCUAAUGACAAGAACUGAUGCUGAGUGUUUAGCCACUACCGCAAUGCAUGCUCCUAAAGGCAACGGUAUCACCGCGGGCCACUUUCACAUGGAUUACUGACUACCCGCAUGUGAUCUAAGCGAGUCUUGGCCUGACUGCCCUCACCAACCAUUCGUCCGCCUCCGCCGUUCCCGUCCUUUCCGGGCUUUACAAGCAAGAAUUAUGAAAAAAGGAACAAAAAAAACUAGGGUAAUGAACUUAUAUAAUAUAUAUAUCUAAAGCAUAGCGUAACAACAACGGUGGCGAGAUAGGAA